UGCCUUGACCUUCAGGUGGUGCUGGGUAAUCCCGUUAGCCGCAGGCAGCCACUGUGUAAAUCCCAGCACACUUGUGCCGGCUGUGGCGCACUCUGGUUCUCCCACCCCACCGGUAUGCAGAGGCACCUGUAGACGCACAGGAUGUUUAACUGGGUGGUGAAAGUGGUGCCCCAACCCCCCGAAGCUCCAGAUGAACCUGCCAAGACCCCUGCUGUUCCCCCCAAAAUCAGAGAGGUCAUACCUUCAGUGAAGAGUCCUCCACUGAAAAACACAGAGGAAGUUUCAGAAGACAGUCAGGCCCACACUGGAGUAUUAGGCUGGUUGUCUAAUGGGUUCGUCAGCACUCUGCCGCAGCCGUCCAACUCCCCUCGACUCGGCAGGGCCAAUGACUCCAGGACAGAAGAUGGAGAAAGGUCUGGAGUGAUCGGCUGGGUCGCUCAGGGUCUGACCAAGGUUCUGCCUCAACCCGACGACAAGUACAGAGAGACCAACAACGAGGAGCACACCGAGAUCUAUGAUGUUGAAACAAUGCCAGAUUUCGAUCCCCUCCCACACAUCCCAGUGGUGGAGCUGGUGUCAGAUGACGAGGACGCAGACGCAGAAAGUCUGACCCCCCAGUUCCCCCCGAAUGUGGUGAAGUGGAUAAAGGAGAUCAUCCCUCAGCCAGUUAUACUGCCCCCUGGUGCUGUUAUGAUAGACAAUUCACCCAAGGUGUCCCGCUCCCGCUCCUCUGUGGACAAAGUUCUGUCUCCACCACCUGAGUCUCUCAGUGGAAUCUCAAUCGAUACUGACAGCAAAGUGUCCCAUGUGGUCGGCUGGUUCAUGUCCGGUCUGGGCCUGAAGCUGCCUCAGCCUGCGAUUGCCCCCAAAGACGAAAUCGAGUGUGCAGCUCAAGUUCUUCAGAAAGCUUCAUCCAAACUCAAACCUGACAUGGUCCUAGAAGACGUGGACUCAGACAACGAGGGUCAUCACAGACCUGCACCACCGUCCACAUUGUUGACUCCCCCAUCACCGAUGACAAGCCAGCAGCAGGACACGAUGCAGCAGACGCACUGCAGUUCACUGCCGGUGGCGCCCAUCCCGGCCCAGGUGCAGGCUGAUGCCAAUCCAGUGCCAGUAGGACUUUCAGAGAACUCGACGAAGAUAUCUCAGGAAGAUGCCGAGACUCAGACGGGCCGCUGGACGCCGUUUAUUGAGAGCAUCAAGAGGGAGGCUGAAGAUUCGGCCUUUGCUACCAUGGAGGAACGUCUGCUGGUGGAGCGCGUGGAGAUGACCCGUGUGGCCGAGGAGGUGGCCAGGCACGCGGCGGAGAUGGCCGUCAGACAGAUGGCCAGUGAGGGACACUCCAUCAGGCUCUCGCUGGACAGUGCAGAGCUGCUGGAGGAGCCUGACGACGCUGAAAAUGAAGAGAGUCUUGCAGAGGACGAUGAAGACCUAGAAGAGGCUGUGGUACCUACCUUAUUAGAACUAGAGCUAAAGGAGGAUGCAGAGCCACAGCGGACGUCCCCCUCCCCACCUCCAAGUCCUGAACCCGUUAAGAUCUCUGAACCAGAGCCAAAACCUGAGCCAGAACCUGAACCUGAACCUGAAUCAGAACCAGAACCAGAACCAGAAGCAGUGACUAAGACCCAUGAAGCCAAAUCCAACGCUCAGCCUGUGACGCAGCAGCCACAGAAAGCAGAGCCAAUCGGAGAAGUCACUGACGCUGACAAAGCUGCAGAGAAAGAGGAGGAAGAUACUGGGGAUGACUGUGGUGCUCCAGUCAGCUGUGAUACAUUUAAGAGCUGCCUGAUGCGCAUUCCUCACACCUCCGAGUGCCUCGGCAAUAUCAACGCGUUCUUCAAAGAGAACGGCAUCUCCCCCCCGAAAAUACCCUCCAUGCCCAAGCUACCCACCCAGUUCUCUGAUGUGACCCAGUACUUGCCCUCCCUCCCCCCUGAAUUACGCCAGGAGUUCUCCCAGAUCAGACUCACGCAGAUCCCCCGAAACAUCUCGCAGUACCUGACCGACUGUUUGCCCAAAAGCUCGGAGGGUUCGGCCGACUCCACUCUGUCCAGUCUCGCCCAGAGCUUCUCAAGCAUCCCGCAGAAGCUCUCCCAGUUCCCCACCCGGACGCAGCAGUACUUCAGCAACGUCCGGAACCGCCUCAACAGCCUUAUGCCUCAAGAUGCUAAGAAACAACAACAGCAAAAACAGAAGAAAGACAAGAACCCGCAAGACGUAGAACUCAACCGGCUCGUCCGACACUCCCCUCUCUCUCCUCCUCACCAUCCUCACCUCCGGUCCCGCUCCCCGUCUCCAUCCUCCCCCAAUGGUAGCACCCUCGAGUUGCCCAAUGUGCCGUCCUAUCCGCGCCUGCCACCGAUUGUCAGCCCCCCGUCAAAGCAGCUCAACGCCACAUCCCGCCAGCUGUCGGGUCUGUCCAACCCGGCCUUCUUCAUCGAAGAUGACUCAGACGUUUCGCCAGUCAGACCCGCAGAGAGCUCCAGCCUCAGCAUUCGUCCAGCCGUCAAUGUGGAGGACGUGGACUCAGACCAUGAGAGAAAAGGAGAAGGAGCAGGAGGAGGAAGAGGAGGAAGAGGAGGAGGGGAGGAACAGAGUGCUAUCCCCAAAAUCCUCACCCCACAGGACCCCAAAUUUACAACCCUCACUGUCCCUGUGACCCCGUCUGGAGGUCGUCAGAGUAAAGGAGAUAAAGACAGUAGUGGAAGGAAUCAUAGGACCAUCUGGACAAAGAUCAGGAAGCUUCAAUCUCAAAGUGAAGAUGACGAGGAUGAAGGAAACUUCCCAGCCAGGGCCUGGCCCAGCCAGACCAGCCUGCACGACACAGAUGACGUUCUGAAAGAACGUCCGGCGUCCUCGGCCAGUCAGACCAGCACGGUGGUGAACGAUCGGUUGCAGGAGCUGGUGCGGAUGUUUAAAGAGAGAACGGAGAAGGCCAAGGAGAAACUCAUUGACCCUGACAGCUCAGACGAAGACAGCACCGUCCCCUCACCUCCUCAGCCGGCUCCUGCAGGGCAGCUGCUGGUGGGAGAGAAGGAGGCACAGGCAGGUCCAUCAGGAGGAAGAGGAGGAGGAGGAGAAGAAGGAGGAGGAGUGGAGAGUGAGGCGGAGGAGGAGCAGGCGAGGGGCUGCUGCAAUGGGAAAGCUCCUCGGUGCAUUCUUGCCUGUUUUCACUAUCGUUUCCCUGCCAGCAUCGACGCCUUCACCAACCUGAUGUAUGUGCUGUGGAUGUUCCUGGUUUCUCUCGCGUGGAACUGGAACGCCUGGUUCAUCCCCGUGCGCUGGGCCUUCCCCUAUCAGACUCCGGACAACAUUUACUACUGGCUGCUGACCGACUACCUGUGUGACCUCAUCUACAUCCUGGACAUCACCAUCUUCCAGCCACGUCUGCAGUUUGUUCGUGGGGGGGACAUCGUGAGCGACAAAAAGGACAUGAGAAAGAAUUACAUGAAGACCAAACGCUUCAAGUUUGAUGUCGCCAGCCUCGUUCCCCUGGAGCUCUUCUACUUCAAGACCGGCAUCAACCCCCUGCUCCGUUUACCACGGCUGCUGAAGAUCAACUCCUUCUUCGAGUUCAACGAGCGUCUGGAGGCCAUCUUGACUAAAGCCUACAUCUACAGGGUGAUCCGUACCACCACCUAUCUUCUGUACUGUCUCCACUGUAACGCCUGUCUCUACUACUGGGGCUCGGCCUUCACAGGACUGGGUUCCACUAAGUGGGUUUACAAUGGAGAGGGCAACAGUUACAUUCGCUGUUACUACUUUGCGGUGAAGACCCUGAUCACCAUCGGAGGUCUACCAGACCCCACCACCCUGUUUGAGAUCGUCUUUCAACUCAUCAACUACUUUGUUGGAGUCUUUGCCUUCUCUAUCAUGAUAGGACAGAUGCGUGAUGUGGUCGGUGCAGCCACCGCGGGUCAGACCUACUACCGCACGUGCAUGGACAACACUAUUAAAUACAUGUCGUCAUACCGCAUCCCUAAAGACGUCCAGAACCGCGUGAAGACCUGGUACAACUACACCUGGCAGUCUCAAGGCAUGCUGGACGAGCAGGAGCUGCUGUGUCAGCUGCCGGAUAAAAUGCGUCUGGACAUUGCUAUAGAUGUCAACUACUCCAUCGUGAGCAAAGUCCCACUGUUCCAGGGUUGUGACAGACAGAUGAUCUUUGAUAUGCUGAAAAGCCUUCGCUCUGUCGUCUACCUGCCGGGAGACUACGUCUGCAAGAAGGGUGAGGUGGGGCGGGAGAUGUACAUCAUUAAAGCGGGGGAGGUGCAGGUGGUUGGGGGACCUGAUGGGAAGACGGUGUUCGUCACUCUCAGAGCAGGAUCCGUUUUUGGAGAGAUCAGUUUGCUUUCAGUAGGCGGGGGUAAUAGGCGCACAGCCAAUGUGAUUGCUCAUGGAUUUGCCAAUCUCUUCAUCCUGGACAAGAAAGACCUGAACGAGAUCCUGGUCCACUACCCCGAGUCCAAGAAACUGCUCCGCAAGAAGGCCAGGAAGAUGCUGACCAAGGGAAAGAAACCUGAGCCCAAAGAAGAGGCGAAGGAAGCACCUCCUGCACCGUCGACUGCCGUCAGGCCGGAGACUCCCAGACUGCUGAGAGCCGCCCUGGAGAUGACCGAGAAGUCGACUGGACUGAAAGGAGCUCUGGCUGAAGUCAGAGAGAGGACCAACAAGUCCUUCAUCUCAUUACAUCCCUCCAUCGCUUCCUCCAUGCCUCCUCCGUCUCCCACCUCCAGCUCUGGACCCGACAGAGACGGGGACACGCCCUCACCCGUCUUUGCCGGCUCUGCGACAUUCCGCUCUGCUUCCCGCUGCCAUAGCAACGGCUCUUUGGGGCCUCGCUCCGCAUCACAGUGCUGCAGCCACGCAGACGAAACGCUCGCCACGGACCAAAGCGAGGAGGACGUCUGUGAGGACGAAGGGAGCGGGGCCGAGAAGAGGAAAGGUCGGAGGAGUUAGGAAGGAAGGGGAGCGAGGUGAGGAAGGUGGGGGCAGAGAAAAACACAUGUGGGUGCAAGAAGACGGAGGGAAAUGGAGGAAUUAUCAGGGAAUAAAGAAACUGCUUUGAGAGUGAAAGACAGAAGAGGUGAAGUAAAUGAAGACGUUCAUAAGCUGUAAUGUCUCAUUCUCAGACGCAUCUGAUUACGUCAUUGCAAAGAAUCAAAGUCCUUUUUCACCCAUGAUGCACUUAAUCCCUUUUGUGCAUUAUCACCCAGGAUUUACAGGAAGCCACGCCUCUGCAAUCAACCCAUAAACUUAAAUAGCUGAUAUGUUUUGUUACGUGUGUCUUAUAUCAGCGAUGUCUCGUCGCUCUGGACCACGGGAAAAACCUCCACCUUUAUCCGUCUCAUUAUGAGUUCAUCUAAUGUAAGGAACAAGCCAUCCCUCGUCUGGUGUCGUACCGAGUUCAAACAACUGAAUUCAUCGGAGCCGCGAUGAGUGAAUUCUGUGUUGGAUGCAAAGAUGGAUGACGGCUCCUAAAAAGUGAAGCCAAACUUCUUUGAUCGCCCCCUGGUGGCUGGCUGCAUGUCAGUAGACGGGGCUUGGGCCAAACUGAAAAGUCAAAAUCGAUUUUUCAAAGAUGGUUUCUAUGGAUCGACUUCGAUGCAGCGGCUCUAUUCCCCCGAUCGCUACUGCACAAACUCCAAAUGAUGUAAUCUUCGCAAGAUUGCAGUGUUCGUAUCUGGAGACAUGUCGUCCAUCUUUACAUCCAGUCUAUGGCUGGAUGGCGUAGUUAAGCCAUAAUGUACCGAGCUGAACUUCUUGUCUUUGCACAACAUCCAAAAUGUUUUUGCUGUUGUUGUCGACUAAAUGUUUACAGAUUCUUUUGUAAACUUCAAUUUGCCUUAUCUUGUCUUUGUCAUUUAACUUGUGACUUGUGUUGUGUCGGUGUGACUAGCGCGCGCUGCGUAUGUUUUUACAGACCAAACAACAUGAUCAUCUGUGUUUCCAUCAUAAGACACAGUAUGUUAGCAGUAUAUGUAAUAAGAUACUGAGAAUCAUAUAUUUACCACAGCAAGCUCAAAAAUAAUCUAUCCUCUUAUUGCCUCAAUGCUGGAUUUAACAUGUUAAUGUAUGUAUAUAAUCUCAAAGGGAUCAACUCAUCACAAACUAUCAGUACAUUUAAUUUAAUUGCUUUACAAUUUUGUUUUGUUUUGUACAAUUAUCUAAAUAUAUUUGUGGUGAAUCACAGUUUUGCAGCAUCAUGAGAUGUACAUACAUUCUAUAAAUGUGUAUUUUGUGCUGUUAAUGUGUUUUAUGACUCAGUGACAGUGUAAGAAAUGUCUUUUUGUAUAGAUGGUUUGAUUAUAUAAAGUCUCAGAAGAUAAACCAGCUAAACAUACUGCCAGACAGACUGUAGAGAGGAAUGCGUGUGUGUGCGUGUGUGUGUGUGUGUGUGUGUGUGUUAUAGUGAGUCAGAGAGAGAUAUGAUUGCAUAUAAUGCACUAUAAUGAAUGUGUGUGUACAUAAUAAUGUCUUUAAACCUGAUUUUGUCACUGAUGUAGCUUUAUCUCUUGUGAAUUUUGCUUAAAUAAAUGACUGUUCAUAUUUC